AAUUCAUGAAGUUGUAUGCAUAUAGCUAUUGUUAAAGCAUACGUAGUUUGAUAUAGCAGAGCAAAAGAAGCAAGAAAGUAGUUUGAUAGCGAGAAAUGCUGCAUAUUACAAACAAGAUCGAUAGAGAGAGCCUCAAACAUGGAGAUCACAUCUAUGCUUACAGAAAAUGUUACACCUACUCCCACCAUGGUAUCUUCGUUGAGGGAGAUACAGUAAUUCACUUCAAUAUGACACAAGAAGCAGAAGCAUCGGGAGCCAAGCCAUGCAAACAAUGUGGGGUUGACAAAAAACACCUCCGAGGAGUUGUGAAGUCUUGCGUUGACUGCUUUCUCAAAGGCAGUUCUCUCCGUCGCUACGGUUACGGUGUUCGUCCCGAACGCUACAUCGGCAGCCGGGCAGGCACCUGCACCACCGGCCGUGCUGACCCGCCAGAAGUCACCAUCAGCCGCGCCAAUGACUUAUUUGACAAGAAAGCUGGGUUCGGGGACUACGACUUGUUUCAGAACAACUGCGAGGCGUUUGCUGUGUUAUGCAAGACCGGAAAGAGAGUGAGUGACCAGGCGGGUACGGCCAAGUUGAUGAUCAGGGCUUGUAAGGAUUUGGAAUUGGGUAGGCUUCUUCGUGAUGUGUCUGUUCAUUAUGGCGACGCCGGCGAGGAGAAGAUCAACAAAUUGAAGCAGCUGUGUGAUAGCUGGUUCACAAAUACGUCCACGAUUAUAAAGCUCAUUGCCAGUCUUCAAAUUGAUCAGGAUCCGGGCCAGAAGGGCAUAAUAAGGUCGUGAUAUAUGUCACUGGUGCAUCGGCGCAUGCAUGAGAUUUGAAUUCAUUUGAAAUAAAGGAGGUUGUGUGUGUACGUGUGUGAGGACAUCUGCUUAAUUAUUGUUUAGCUAAUAGGGUGCUAUUCAUUUUGGAUUAUGUAUCUCGAUCAAUUUCUUGCAUUGGUUUAUUGACCGUGGUUUGAUUUAAUAAACGUACGGACUGUAUUUUUUUUCUCAAUUAUUCAAUAUAAGGUAGCACACUACAGUAUACUUUUAUAUCA